AUGAUUGUUAAUCGGUAUGUGGUGACACAGCUCGAAUCAAUAACUCGUCAGCUUGAGUUGGAGUUGUACGCUUGUUCUGACGUUGUUCGAUCUCUAGAUCUGAAGAUUGAGGAUGGUGAACUCAAGAAGGCCAAUGAUCUUCUACAACUGGUCAAAACAGAAACAGAUGCUUGUAUUGCUGCAGUUAAUAGUGGGAACUCGGGUUUUGUAACGUCAUUUGACAGAAUUAUUGAGAAAUUAGAAGCGCUUCCAGAGCAAUUGGUUUCAACUAAGAACGCUCCUUUAGACGAUCUUGUUGCUGCGAGUAUCCAAAAUUACCUCUAUAUGUUGAUGUACCAUACACUAGUAGCCAAGAAUUUGAAUAGGUUACCACGUUUGCUGUCAGACCAAUCUUAUUACGAGCAGGUUUUUAGAUCGCCUUGGUAUAAUAAAGCACUAUAUGGUCUUCAAGUUUUACCAACCAAACUGUACAGAUAUGCUAAAAACAAUAAUUUAACAGAGCUUCCUACGAAAUUGCGCAAUACUUUGAAAAUACAUAGCCUGCAGUUUGUCGGUAUCUCUAUGAAAAGACCUUGGUCCUGGAUGGAACUUCCAGCUGCUAUGGUUGAGACUGAUGUUCUCCAAAGGGCUGAAAGCUUGGAGAGGCAAACAAAUGAAGACGUUUCCAGAUUUGGCCAGUUGAUCCAUCGUUUCCCAAAAGACGAUGAAGACAAGUUCCAGGUUUUUCGGGAUUUUUUUGAACUUCCUCCAGAUGCCAAGCUUUUAGAUGUUGUGCGUAAAAUCAGUAAAUGGGAUAUAUCAUACAGUUCUCCAAAGCCCAGUUGGAUUGCACGCCAUUGGCCUGUAAUACUGCUGGCAUUUAUGGGAGGCCCAUCUACCGUGCUUUACGUUUGGCAAUCACGCUAUAACAUUAUCAGCUUUUUGGAACGUAAUUUGGUUCAGUUCACCAAGGAUCUGAUUACCAACUGGGUCAUUGAACCGAUCCGCAAUAUUUGGUCCACGGUUCGUCAUGAUCCCAAUUCCUCUGUGGCACUAAUGUCCCAAGGAACAUUAAACACAGAGGUUUCUUCAUUACAACGAAUGAUAAUUGAUUUUGUAAAGGAACAUGAAGAUGGUAACACCAUUGACACAGACGUGCUCUUGAAACAAGUUGAAUUCGGGAAUCUAACCCAAUUUAUGGAAAUUUACGAAGCACAAUUAAAAAAACCUGUUAAGAACAUUUUGACAGGCGAUCUAAUUCGUGCUCUAUUGAUCCAAAUUCAGAAGGGUAAGGUCGAUGGCUCUAUUGCCGUCCACGGCAUUGAUCAAAUACUACAAUCUCAACAACUUGUGUUUGGAAUUGUCUCUAUAUCACCGGCGUUAAUUAUUCUAUACACAGUUUGGACUUCCAUUUCUAAACUGUUUAGAUAUGGCACUAUAUGGAUGGGAACCUCUCAGUGUCGCUCCGAAAUUGGCGUCUCUAUGAACAACGUAGAACGUUUGUUAAACUACAGCGUUACAUCUCCCAAAGAAGUCGAUUACUGGAACACAGGCUUAUUAACUUUGGAGAUGGCCAAUCUUCGCCAAUUAGGUCAGAAAUUAGUACCAAAUAACAGAAUGCUCGAGUGGUUCCGUGAUAUUGAUGACCUCGUUAGCAACACAACGUUGGAUGCACAAGCGAAGCUUAAUGUGAUCAACAGAAUUUAUCAUGUAUACGGUAAAUACUUUUAA